AUGCACCGCGGGCGGCUCGCGUGCCAUGUCGUGCUCGCGCGCGACGACCUGCUGACUGUGUGGGAGGCGCGGCACACAGCGGACGGCCUGCGCCUCGUGCAGGUGCGUGCGCACCGUAUGGUCGUCGUGCGCACGAUCGCGUCGCAGGUCGAUCGGCGCGAGCGCCUGCUUGUGUCGUUCACGGACGCCAAGCUCGCGCUCCUCGAGUGGGACGACGUGGCGGGCGAUGUACAGACGAUCUCGAUCCACACGUUUGAGCGGGCGCCGCAGCUGGCCGCGGGACUGCCGCCGGCGUUUGUGCCGGCGCUGCGCGCUGACCCUGCGAGCCGCUGCGCAGCGCUCCUGCUCCCUCAGGACGCCGUGGCCGUGCUCCCGCUGUACCAGGACGCCGCCGAGCUGGGCCUCGACGAUGCACGCGAUCCCGCCCUCGCGACCCACCAGCCGUACGCGCCGUCGUUCGUGCUCGCGCUCGGCGAGGACGUCGACGCCUCGAUCCGCAACGUGCGCGACAUAUGCUUCCUACCCGGCUUCCAGAACCCCACGCUCGCGGUGCUGUACGAGCCUGAGCUUACGUGGACCGGCAGCCUCUCGGACGCGAAGCAGACGCUGCGCGUGUGCCUCAUCACGCUCGAGCUGUCGCUCGCCAAGUACACGGUCACGGUGACGAGCGAGCCGCUGCCGUACGACACCCUGGGCGUCGAGGCGUGCCCCGAGGCGCUGGGCGGCGUCCUCCUCGUGACCCCCAGUGCGCUCGCGCACCUCGACCUCACAGGGCGCCUCGUCGGCACCAGCGUGAGCGCAUGGUCCGCGGCCACCUCGACAUGGUCGCUGCCCCGCGCGGCCGCCCCCGACGGCAGCCUUUUCGAGCUCGACUUGCAAGACUCGCGCCUCGUGUUUGUCGAGUCGACGCGCGCGCUCCUCUUCCUGCACAGCGGCGACGUGUUUGCGCUCCAGUGCACGCUCGAGGGCCGCUCGCUGACGACCCUCUCGCUCGCGCCUGUCGACGCGAUGCGCGACGCCGGCGCCGCGUGCGUCGAUCGCCUGCCGGGCGGCGCGAUCCUCUGUGCGUCGACGCUCCAGGACACGUGUCUGUACGCCGCGCCCGUCGCCAGCGCCGCGCCCAUCGACGCCGCGCCCUCCGCGCCGACCAUGGCCGUCGACGACGAAGACGUGGUGCUGUACGGCGAGUCACUCGCGACGCCCGCGGCGCCGGCCGCCGCGCCCACUGCACACGCGCGCCUCGCAUUGCGCGUGCUCGACACGCUCCCUACACUCGCGCCAGUGCAUGGCCUGACGAUCGGCACGCUGCGCAAUGUGCACGGGCACCUCGCGCCCCGCACCGUCGUCGCGGGAGAGCGCCAGCUGCUCACGCUCGAAUCGCGCCUCCGCUGCUCGGCACGCGCGCCCAUCGCGCCCGCGCAGUACGUGUGGGGAGCACACACCACCCGCACAUCCAUGCUGCUCUUCGCGGCGUGGGGCGAAGAGUGCCUCGUGUACGAGCUGCAGCGCGACGCGCCGCCCCGCUUCGUGCAGCAGUACACCGAGCGCACCCUGGCCUGCGGCACGACCCUCUCGGGCGUCGUGCGUGUGACGCCACACGAGGCGCGCUGGCUCCACGCGGACGGCUCCGCCUCGAGUGUGCCGCCCGUGCGCCCCGCCGCGCCGAUUCGGCACGCGUGCGUGGACGGCGCGUAUGUGGUGCUGGUCCUCGACACGGGGAGCGUGCAGGUGUGGCACGCGCCCGCAGCCGGCGUGGCGUGGACGUGCCUCGCCGAGCUGCCCGGCGCGUACGCGGACCUGUGCCUCGGCCUGGGCCUCGGCGCGGAGGCCCAGCUCGCGGUGCUGAGCGCCGAGGGGCACCUCGCGCUGCACACGCUCCCUUCCAUGGAGCGCACGUGGUCGUGCACGUCGCUCGGCGCCAUGCCGCGGUGCGUGGACGAGACGCCGGCCGACGAGGUCGAUGAGCUGGACGUGCAGCAUAUCAAGCUGUGCGUGCUGGGCGACGUGCCGGCAAUGCUUGUGCAGUAUACCAACGGGCAGCUGGCCGUGUACGAGGCGCGCAUGCACGCGGCGCGUCUGCGCUUUGUGCUCGCCGAAGCUUGCAUGCUGGCCGCCGCGAGUGACGCCGUGGUCCCCCUGCAGCUGCACGGCAUGCCGUGCGCGGCUGUGACGGGCGCCCACUCGCUCGUCGUCGUCAAGACGCGCAAGGCCGCGCUGCAGUGCCUCGAGACGGACCUGCCGCUCCUCUCGCUGUGUGCGCACCCGGACGAGGGCGUGUGUGUGUGUGUGCACGACGGCGAUGCGUGCGAGCUCGCAUGGGAGGCGUGCGAGCUCGACAGUCUCGUGCCGUACACGCGGUGGCGCACCGGGCGGAGCUACACGCAUGUCGUCGCGCACGACGAGACGGGGUGCCUCGUGGCGGCGUCCGAGCAGCCGGCCGCCUUUGUGCUGUACGACGACGAGGAGCGGCCGGUGCGCGAUCCGGCGCAGGAUCCGACGCCGACGUACACGGUGCGCGGCGCGCUCGAGCUCUUCGCGCGCGUCGGCGAGCCGCCCGUGCACGGCUUCGAGUUCGAGGCGGGCGAGCGCGUCACGGCGCUGUGCGCUGCGCACCUCGAUACGCUCGACCGCGGCUCGGGGCGCCGCGCGUACAUCGCGGCUGGCACGACGAUGGCGUUCGGCGAGGACCGCACGGCGCGCGGCCACAUGUAUGUGUGGGAGGUGACCGAGAGCGUCCCGGCGGCCGGCGCGGCGCCUGGCGACGCGAUGCGCCUGCGCCUGCUGUGCCACGAGGAGAUGCGCGCGCCCGUCACGGCGCUGUGCGAUAUGAGCGGCUUCCUCGUCGCGGCCGUGGGCGGCCGGCUGCUCGUGCGCUCGCUCGAGUUCAGCGAGUGGCUCGUCACGGUGGCGUUCCUCGACACGGGCGUGUAUACCACCUCGCUGCAGCGCGUGAAAAACUUUGUGCUGCUGACCGACUACGAGCGGAGUGCGUACUGGAUCGCCGUGCAGUCGGAUCCGAUCAAGCUCGUGCUCCUGGGGCGCGACUACGGACAGGCGUGCGCCCUGCAGGGCGGCCUGCUCAUCGACCACGCGAAGCUCGCGCUCGUGACGUGCGAUCCGCGCGGCGUGCUGCGCCUCCUCGACUACCAGCCGUCGAACCCGACGAGCCUGGGCGGGCAGCGCCUCCUCGUGCGCUGCGAGUACCGCGCGAGUGGCGACGUGGUCCAGGCGCUCGUCGUCGGCGGCGCACGCACGGCCAAUGACGAGUGCUUCACGUCCGAGGUGCUCCUCCUGAAGCGCAACGGCGCGCUGGACGUGCUGGUGCCUGUCACGGACAAGGUGUUCCCUACGCUCCAGCUCUUCCAGACCCAGCUCGUGCGCGCCGUGCCGCACACCGCCGCGCUCAACCCCCGCGCAUUCCGCGCGGUGUUCCACCCGCGCUCGGCGCGCCCGCUCGCGAAGGGCGUGCUGGACGGCGCCCUGCUGCACGCCGCCGAGCGCAUGCCGCGGCCCCGUCUCGAGGGGCUCGUGCGUGAGCUGCGCCCACGCACCGGCGGCGUCGCCGCCGACGACUUGCUGCGGUGUCUCGUGCACCUACAGCCACACUGGUAG